AGGACCGACAGUGAACAAACGGAGCACAUGAGCAGCUCGAAGCCAAUGCACCCGCUUGUAUCGAGACGUCAUAGAUUACAGUCAGUGAGAUCGAAUUCGUAUGGAAAUCGCCCUGAAUUUGGAGCUGACCCAAGAGGACUCUUCUCUGUUUCAUCAUGAGCUCAUUCUGAAGGAGAGGAGCUUUCCAUUCACUGAGCUCACGAUGGAGAGCAGUUCUAGACUAGAACUGUCGGCAGCGAGGGUACAGCCGGCACCGUGGAUUCUGUCGAUUCCUGACGAGAUUAAAAAGGGUGCCAUAAGAAAAGGCAAGCGAAUGAUCGGGAUCAGGGUGGUCGCGGAAAGGCAUGCAUUAGCCCGGUUCCCCUACGGAUUCUGAAUGCUGGCAGUGAGGAUUAUCGCGUGCAGAUCAUUAAUUUGGGAUUGUAUACGAGGAGCAGGGUGAAGAUGACUGCCAUGGACAGAGUGAGGUUUGAUGUCGUCAACAGCUUCAUGGAACUGUUUGAGUUGAGGUGGGAUGUACUUUGCGAGAAGGUGGUGGGCUCAGAAGAGAACGCACAUACGUUCCUAGACCUCUACGAUGAAACUUUGAGAGAUAGACACUUGGAUGCUUCGAGCGCCAUGUCUAGUCUUACUCUGGAUGCUGUAUUCCUUACGGUGUUACUCUGUAUCGAGAUAUAAUCCAAGCUGCCAGAACCCCAGGGAGGUCUGAAGCAGCUCCAAAAACUUCGACAGAUCUUCACCGAGGUGGGUGUUGCUUGCAAUCUUCACCAGAUCUUCUCUGACGUCUGGGUAGUUCCGAACCAGAUUCCUCUUAGGCUCAUAGGGAAGGUUUUGAAUUUGGUGAAGGAUUCUCCAUCGCCAGAAGCUCUCAUCAAAGCCACUGUCGACGAGGCCCUCCGUAGGUUCAAACUUCCCUGUGCACGUGCUGAUGUCCAUCCUCAAUUUCUCCAUUGCACGCACUUGCUGGAAUGUCUCUACAUUACCAUGUGCCCACCUGGCGAGUCGAACGUAAGUCCUCAGCACACUGAACGAUUGUCAAGUCCCAACGAGUGUUGGACAACGUGCGGUCAUAUUUGUGGAUGGUGCACGAAGCAUGCCACAAUUUCGUCCGGGACAGGGGAACAGCAAUCGCAACCUGGAUCUGUACAAAAGCAGUUUAGGACGGCAUCGGAGCUGCGAAAAGCAGGGAUCCGCGUGAAGGGCAUCGAUGCUGGCGUCACGGGCACAGCAUUCGAAAGGUCGACGUUUCAUUUCACGGCAGUUCUGUCGCCACCGAAGAUCCACGUGACAGUCGAUACGAGAAGGAUUCUGAGAAAUCUGUGCGCUUAUGAGCUCGCAAAGACGACACCCCUUGACAGCCAGAAGCUCAUCGGCUACCUCUCGGUGUUGAACAAUCUGAUCGACACUGCGGACGAUGUGAGGUUACUGAGACAGCUUCAGAGCUCUGUUCUCUCCGUCUCUCUGCCAGCAGACGAUGCCGACCAGCAAGUCGCUGAUCUGUUCAACAAUCUGCUGCAAAACUAUUCCAGUACUGAUAUCCAGUACACGGCCGACCUGCGGAAUCUCCAUUACGACGUGAGUUUUCUCUUCGAGAACGAGCUCCGAAACAUCUGCAUAAGAAAUUUCGGAAGAAUCCGGCACGAGGCCGAGCGCUUCCUCGGCAGGCUUAAAGACAGGCCGUGGCUUAUGAUUUCGCUAUUAGCCGCCACCAUCCUUCUGGCCAUGACCGGCAUUCAGACAGCGUACACCGUCCUCGGCUACUACAGGCCAUAGCAAUGAUGAACUCUCCGUCUCGAACCCAGUAACCUUUCAGAGCUGGCCUUCCGCAAAUGGACACGACAUGGUUGGUGUCGCAGUCUAUGUGCUAAAGUAAUUGUAAACAGAUGUAAAUGACGUUGUAAUAUGCAUCAUUCAAAGAGCAAGGAGUGCUCCUAUGUCUGCUCGAUUGAGCUAU